AUGGACGAGAAUGAGCAUAUGAAGUUGUGGAUGUUCAUCUCCGAAUGCCAAUUUUGGGUUAUCCUUAUCACCGUCAUUUUGUCGCUUAUUGUGAUAUCAAAGGCUCUAUGGAAUUUGCUGAAACGCAAACGUAGCAAUUAUUUUCUAUUUCUGUUCAGCAUUGUCAUCGCCAACAUCACAUCACUUCUCAUUAUCCUAUUCGACAUUUUCAAUUUCUCCUUCAAAGGAACACUAGUAUGCAAACUGGAGCUGUUCGUCUCCAACAGCGCCGCCUGCUUCAUCAAUUGGCUGUGGCUCUGCUUGUUCACUCAGCGCUUCUUCAUCCUCUUCUACCCGAUGAAGCGCCAUUCGCACGGCUUCUUCGGCUUCAUGCAAUCGGCGAGGAAGCUCAUCGCCGCCAGCGCCGUCUUCGCCAUUGUCACCCAAAGUUGGUCGUUGGUGUUCUUCGAAGAACGCAUAAUACUAACCGACAACGACCAACUAAUCGGCGUCUGCGAGAGAGCUGUUGGCCUUCUAAGUGACACCGGCUACAAGAUCCUUGCAGUAGCCGAGGCCCUUCUCACCUACGUGCUCCCAUUCGUGCUCACGAUUGUCAUGGACAUCGCAGUCCUCUAUCAUUCGACAAAUAGCAGUUUCGUCGUCAUGUCCGCCGAGAACCUUCGAACCGAUCGAAGCCAGCUUCUCAAAAUCAACGACACCGUCAAAAUCCAGUCGUCCGAAUCGAUCAAGGCGUCCACCCAUCGUCGCCAUCUCGCCGUCCGCCGUUGUUUGGUGAUGGCCACCACCCAAGUGCUCCUCAACGCGCCAUACUACACCCUGCAAUUGGUUGAUGAGAUUUACGAGCUAAGGCAAUCAUCAAUCUACUUGUACCUCGAUGCAAUAUUGUACCUGAUAUAUCUCACUCAAUUCUCCAUGAUAUACGUCUACACCAAUUUUUUGGUUUCACCAAAGUCAAAAAGAAGUCAUGCGAAAUCCCCGUUAAGCUACACGAACAGCUUCAGAAGCGAGGCGACCAAUUCAAUUCUGUGA